AUGUCCUCUCUGCGGCCCCUUCUGCUCCUGCUGCUGCCCCUGUGCCCCGGGCCGGGGGGCGAGGCCAAGGCCACACGGAGCUGCGCUGAGACCCGGCAGGUGCUGGGGGCCCGGGGUUACAGCCUGAGCUUACUGCCUUCCACACUGAUCUCUGGUGAGCAUCUCCGGAUCUGCCCUCAGGAAUACACAUGCUGCUCCAGUGACACAGAACAGAAGCUGACUAGAGAGACAGAAGAUACCUUUCGGGGUCUGGUGGAGGAGAGUGGAUCCUUCCUUGUACAUACCUUCGCCGCCCGGCAUCGGAAAUUCAACGAGUUUUUCCAGGAGUUGCUCUCUGCAUCUGAACGCUCCCUCUCCCAGUUGUUCUCUCGCUCAUACGGCCGCCUGUUUGUCCAGCAUGCACCAGUGUUCAGUGAGCUCUUCUCACAGCUACGUGGCCACUACCGGGGGACCAGUGCAGGAUUAGAUGAUGCCUUGUCUGAAUUCUGGGCUCAGCUGUUGGAAAGGGCAUUUCCCCUGCUGCAUCCGCAGUAUAGUUUUCCCCCUGACUACCUGCUUUGCCUUGCACGCCUGUCCGCAUCCCCAAAUGGCCAGCUACAGCCAUUCGGGGACUCACCUCGACGCCUCCGCCUGCAGGUAACUCGAGCUCUCGUGGCUGCUCGUGCCUUCGUCCAGGGACUGGCAACUGGAAGAGAUGUGGUCAGCUCAGCCCUUAAGGUGCCGAUGUCUCAGGGCUGCGUCCAGGCUGUAAUGCGUCUGACUGGCUGUCCCCUGUGCCAAGGGGCUCCUUCCCUGCGGCCUUGUCGGGGCUUCUGCAUCAAUGUGGCUCGAGGCUGUCUCAGUGGAGGGGGGCUGGAGCCAGACUGGGGAAGUUACUUGGACACACUCUUGCUCCUGGCAGAGAGGCUCCAAGGGCCCUUCUCCUUUGAGUUAGCAUCUGAGUCCAUUGGAGUUAAAAUCUCAGAGGGUUUGAUGUUUCUGCAGGAAAACAGCGUGGGGAUUUCAGCCCAGGUUUUUCAGGGAUGUGGGGGUCCUCAUCCAGCACCUGUCCGUUCUCGGAGAGCUCCUUCACCCCAGGAUGAGGUCAAUCAACUGUGGACAUUUCCUCCUGAGGAGGAGUGGCCCACCACAGCUGCAGGAACCAAUUUGCCCCGGCUGGUAUGGGAGCUUCGGGAGCGGCUGCAGCGGGUCCGGGGUUUCUGGACAGGGCUGCCCCUAACACUAUGUGGAGACCCACGGAUGUCAAUGGAUGUUACAGAGGAGGCAAUGCCCUGCUGGACAGGAGCGGGAUGGGGACGGUACCUUCCGCCUGUCGUAGGGAGCUCCUUGGCUGAGCAGAUAAAAAAUCCUGAGUUGGAAGUGGACGUCUCAGGACCCAGCCUCUCUACCAGGAGGCAGAGGCUGCAGCUGCGGGCAGCCACAGCUCGAAUGAGAGCAGCCGCCCUUGGGCAUGACCUGGACCUUCAAGAUGCAGAUGAGGAUGCUAGUGGUUCUGGGGAAGGGCAGCCCUAUGCAGAUGACUGGACAGCAAGAGCAGCAGCUGUGGCCCCACCAGCCCGGCCCCCCAGAAGGGAUGCUCCUGUGGGUAAAGGAAGUGGUGGCAGUGGUCGCUACAACCACGGUGGUGCCAGGAGCGGGGUGGCCUCCAGGAAUCUUCCUACCCACCUCCUUCUUCUACUUCUCCUACCCCUAGCCCUGGUCCUGCUCAGGCCUUGGUAGUAGGGGCAAAGAGAAAGGAUGUACCCUAGCAACUAAAAGGUUAAUAACCCUUUUCCCUUCUCCUCCGCAAAAGCCCUGUAGGAGGAGCUAAAGGGAACAAAUGAGUGUGG